CUUCUUGGAAACCUCUCGACUAUAUCCAUACCUUGUUUAUCUUCUUGUUUUGCCUCUACUCAACUAUUGUUUCUGUGGGAAAUAUCAAGAACUACGCGAGAAAGAUCUUCUUUGUGCCGCUUAUUGAUCGCGCGCCGUCGUAUACUCAUUGUGACACUGACCUCCCAAGUACUUAACCGCCGCCAGAUCGUCGCACUGGAAGACUUCAUCAUGUUUUAAUUUCACUGUUCCAAAGCAUUGACACGUGUUGAAGCCGAGUAUUCAAUCGCAAAAUGACGUCGUCGACUACUUCAUCCACUGUAUCGCACAGCGUGCCGUCCCUGCCAUUCGCAAGUAAACUAAGUGAACAGUUAUCGCAACGGAAGGAACAAGGUGAAUCUGCAACCGAUACAGAAACUUCAGGAAAAUCUGCUUCACUUGGACCACCAUUGCGCCCUUCACCGAAGUCACGGUCGUUGUCCGACGCGCCAAAACCGAUAUCUGCACGUUCCACCUCCGAAGAACACCGGCCGUCGAGUAAAGAUGAUAACUCUCUUUCAUCUACACCAGAAACACCUCAUCGGCCUUUUAUGCAUGGCUUACCUCUAAACUUGCCUUCAAAACCAUCCGGAUCCUCGUCCUUAUCUAGCCGUGCUCCACUCUCCCCGAAGCUUGAUUCGUCCCAGAUCUACGGCUCCCCAGGCUCUGUCCUCCCUCGACGCUCCCGUGGCCUCGACUUUUCUCGAGCUUGUACUAACCUUCAUCAUUCUACGCUUGCCGAAUCAUCGCCCGAUUCUUCACCAACGAUUGGUGGGCGGGGAAUGACAAUCCCCCAACGUCGUGGUUCUUUGGGAUCGACUUCGGUACCUCCGUUUUCUACAUCCGGGCCAGCGGAUAGAACGGCAAUUUCAAGCUCUGUAUCAAGUGUGAACAUGAUGGAAUCAGAUACUAGUAGCAGUGAGGAAGAUGACGAACCGAUGAUUGGCGAUAGGGACGACAUGAUAAUGAAUACACCCCAAGCCAACAAGAUGAAUCAUUUUGCAGUGGGCAAUGUGCCCAGUCCGGGUAACGAUUGGAUGGGUGGGUAUUCGCAGGCAGCAGCAAGUCUCAUGAGCUUUCAACGGGCUAGGUUUCGUAAAGGACGCAGUAGACAUAGCUCUAGCAGUGCCAGCGGAAACAGUUCGAAACCCAGCCCUGGCCCGCUGUCUCCACCGGUGAUGAAGAGCAUCGAGAAUCAGAAUGGUUACUUUGGCUCACGGUCUAGCUUGAGUGCACGGCGUGAAAGCUUGAGUUUGGGUACUCGUGAUCUUCGUCUCUCAGAUUUGAGUGAUGAAGGGGAAAACCGAGGUAACAGCCCAGGUACCUCGAACUCCGAAGGCGGGCCCUUGGGUGUUAUUCGACGAGCUGUUACACGUAGAAGUAGUUUAUUGCCAAAGACGAAGACCUUCGCACGUAUUCGAGCCGCACUGAUGGAGGAAUCGGCCCCUAUCGACUGUGAGGCAAAGCGGGAAGCUGAGGUCAUUCGGCAGGUCCGGGAGAGCGAGCCAGAAAUUCCGCAGACGUCCCCCAGUUUGGAUGCCCUCUCGUCAAGUAAUCUCUUCCAGCCAACUGAUCUGCACCGGAAUCUGGAUGACGUGCCGGCGAAAACUGGGACCUCUGUCCCCGAUGAACCUAGCUUUAGCGAGGAAGCCCACCGAAAUUCUGCUGGUGCUGAGUUUUGGAAUUCUUUUGAUGAACGGUAUCGUACGCCACCGCCGCCGCCUUUACGUCAGAUGGGAACUUCGGUAUCUGAGGACGACCUCUCCAUGGAUAUCACGCCCUCAACUACCGUGGGAUCGACAUCUGAGUUUGCGAAACCGAGCGAGAGGCCCAGCUCACGCUGUUCGACUCCAAUCGCAACUCAACCAAUCUCGAUAUUGGAAUUCAAAAGGAAACGGCGCCGUGAGGACGAUUUCGAUCCGAACCUGUUCAAGCGAAGGGCGGUAUCUCCGAGUAUGAGCGUCCAGAGUAGUCCGGUGAUGCCUAAUUCACCUGCCGUGAGGGAUACGGGCAGCAGCAUUUGGGGUCCACCCAAAGCCAACAUCGGCUCUCUCUUCCCUGACCAGCCGAGCACUGAAAGCGGUACCCGGAAUCCAUCUACACCCAAGCAUACAGGCCAUCUGAAGCGAGUGGGCCUGCAAGGGAUGACUGAAACGAACGAUGGACUCAUGAAUAUGAGCAUCGAGUGAUAGUCGACGCUCUUGACAUCCAGGCGUUCUUCUGCACGAGCCGGGCUCGUUUCUUGUUAUCACUACCAUAAUAGUUUUACUUCUGCAUGCCUUUCCUUUCUGGGUUUAAUUUAGCGUGGAGCUGUUUUAUAUUUUGGGCUGGUUGGACAUUGCCUUUGAUUAUUUCAUACAUGGCGUCAAGUGGGGGCCUUGUGGUUGGGUAACAAUAGUACUUUGCUAGUAUAGCUCCAUCUGCUUCUGAUGCAUCGACAUCAUAGAUAGCACCUAAUCAAAAUAUCAUACUUUAAUCAAAA